CAUAAUAUCACCGCUAGUUGGACGGAUCUGCCGAUAGGGCUGAAGCACUAACCCACCCGUGAAGCAUCGAAUGUAUGUCAAGCUGGGCUUGCUGACCCAGCUCCAGGGCCGCUGAUCCACCCCUCGUCCACCUUGCCCUGCUUGAAGAUGUGUGAGUUGGCUCCUAGCCAUGGCAUCAGUUUAUCCAGACUUAGAUACCCCCCUUCUUAAGGUCAGCCGGCCCGUUGCAGCAUGCUCCCGAUGCCGCAAUGCAAAGAUCAAAUGCGACGGCAAGCUGCCCGCUUGUUCCGCCUGUGAGAAAGCAGGAAGAGGCAGCAGCUGUUCCGGCGCCACAGAUAAGUUUGCCAAGGGCAAGGAAAGAAGCUACGUCGCCUCGCUCGAAGCCCAAUGCGAGCGACUCGAAAAGAAGAUCGAAGCCACCAAACGACGUCAGCAGGGAAUCGUUGUUGCGCAGGCUGACCGGGAGAACGUCGGCGUACAUGCAACGCCGACGGCUACUACUUCAUCCUCCAACGGUGGAGAUGCUACCUACGGCCAGGAGUGUUCUGACAUUGAUGAUUUGGUCGGCGAUUUUGGCUUUUUGGCUGUAAAUGCGACCUCCAGGGAUUUCUAUGGAAUCUGUUCUUCCACCUCAUUUGCCGGCUUACUCCUUACCGUUGCUGUCGCGCAACCACUGCCGCGGCCAAUCCCACGCAUCGGGUUGCCGCCCCAUUCUCAGGUUGCGAGUCUUACCCUGAGCUACUUUGAUAAUUUCUAUCCAUUGAUGCCAUUUUUGUCAGAAACAAAGUUCUGGGCUUCUGUGGAUGCUAUCUACCAAGAUAAUGGCCGCUUUGCAAAUAGUCACGAUCAUUGGACGCUACGUAUGGUGCUGGCCAUUUCCGCCGCCUCAAAAUCAAGACUUAUGAAUGAUCGAGACAGUCAGAUAGCAAUGUCCCAUGUGCACGUUGCACUUGGUCAUUCCGAAGAUGUCCUAAAGCCAGGCACCAUUGCCGGAAUCCAGGCCAUCUUGCUUCUCGCACAGUAUUCCAUGCUUAAUCCGGGUCAUUUUAGGACAUGGUACCUUAUUGGGAUCGCAGCACGGGUAGCCACUGACCUAGGCAUUCAUCAAGAGCACGCCUCCGCAGCCUACCUCGACAAAGCUGUUUUGGAUUCUCGCCGAAGAACUUUCCACUGUGUAUAUUCUCUCGAUCGAUGCGUGAGCACAGCUUUGGGUCGGGCAUUUUCAUUUUCGGAUGACUCCAUCAACGUCCCAUUUCCACCGGAUCCGCCGCUUUCUGCCCCCCCGCCGCCCUGGCACAGCGGCCUAUUUCUCAGGAGCAUUGAACCUGCAUUGUGUCUCUUUCAAAUACGCCACUUUCAAUCGGCUGCUUAUCAAGACAUGUUUCUAAGUGGGCACCAGCAUUCACCUACUGCGCAAUCGUGUGCCUGGGAACGUUGUUCAGCGGCAGCGACCUGGUUCCAAAAUUGUCCCAAAGACGCACCAGCGCAUUUCUCUACCUUGUUUCACCUCGAAUACCUUUACACCCUUAUUCUCGUGCUAUCUCCAUCAAACCGCUCUCCAACAAUCAGCGAGACGAAUCAAAUUCUUCUUUUCGAAUAUUCCAUCGACUUUAUCUCCCAGCUAUAUAAUGAAGUUACAACCCCAACAGCUUUCGCCCCACUUCUCACAUACAUACAUAUCGAACGCACCUACUACGUAGUAUGCAAAUUAUUCAAUCUUCUCCGUCAAAAUCAUCAUGAACUCUUGCGAGACAAGGACGCUGAGCAACGAAAGCUUCAAAGUUCACGUCCUAUUGGAGGAGCUCUUCCCGCACCAUUAAGAACGACCGCCACAUGCCGACAAGAUUCGACAAAGCGGGCCCUAACAUGCCUAUAUGAGGCACAUUCGAUAUUCGAAUAUGCGUUCCGUCGUUGGAAUGUGCGCUCCUUAUUGGAUGGCUUCAAUCACAGCUCCACUGAGCUUCGAGCGAUGCUGUCAUCGAUGCUCGAGCAGCAGCAGCAGCAGCAAUACACUCCACCUGCACAUGGAGCCGUUAAACAAUCGCGUUUGCCCAGGUACUAGCCUGAUUAGUGGCUGACAACAUCAAACAAACAUAUCUUGGAUAUCUGGCAUCUACGGAGAACACGUCUCUUAAGGCGUCUGUCCAGCUAUUUAACGGGUGUCUAUCAUUUCUAUACAUCUUCCCAUGAGACAUAUAACUGGGACUCCCUUUGUUUCGCCCGUUUAACUAGCUUCUCGAUUUCAUUUGUUCUGCAGAGGAGGGGGUUGUGCCCCCGGAUGUCAUGAUCCUCUGACGCGAGCAUUCCUAUACAUUGGCUUGGAUGAUCAAAAGCAGCCCUAUCCGUUCUGCCUUUCUCUUUGAAACUGUUUAAUUUUCUGCCAUUACCCUUGAUGGCGAUAGCAGGUAUAGCAUAGCGCUUU